GCUAAAUCUUUGCUUUACUCUCUCUGCUUUUGCUGCAGCCUCCAUAGCCUUUUCUUUUCCUCAUCAACACUUUCACACUUCACACCAUUUUUCUCCAGAAAUCUCCAUUUCCUCCUCUGAGUUUUCAUUUUCAUCAUCAUUCAUCAAUGGAGUCAAUCAGGCCCAGUCCAGCUCCAAACAGAAGUAGCAAGCUGGCCAGGACAUUUCAGAAGGUGAUUCAUCUCAGGGCAUCUUCAAAGCCCUUCUCAAACAAUGGGUUUUGUCUGCUCAUCCCUCAGGAGAAGCUCAAGUGCUGUGAAUCCCAGCAUUUUGACAAGGAAGAGAUUCAGGAGUGCAAAGAGAAUUCAAGAAACAGGGCUGUGUUGGAGGCCUUUGUUGCCAAGCUUUUUGCCACCAUUUCUUCCUUAAAAGCUGCCUAUGCUGAGCUCCAGAUGGCUCAGUUCCCUUACAACAGUGAUGCCAUUCAAGCUGCAGAUCAAGCUGUGGUUGAUGAGCUCAAGGCCCUCUCUGAGCUCAAGCAUAGUUAUCUCAAGAAACAGGUUGAUUCUUCGCCCCCCCAUGUUACUCUUAUGCUUGCUGAGAUUCAAGAACAGCAGUCUCUCAUGAAGACAUAUGAGAUCACUAUGAAGAAAAUGCAAGGAGAAAUUGAAGGGAAAGAGGCCCUCUUUUCUUCCCUGCAAAAGGAGCUUCAAGAAAUCUCUCUUGACAACAAAUCCCUCGAGAGAAAGCUCAAUGCCAGUGGAUCUUUCACCGUUCUUGACAACGUCAGAUUCUCCGAUGUAAACCCCAAAGACUUCAUCACGGUUCUGCACUACGCGAUGAGGUCGGUCAGGCAUUUCGUCAAACACCUUAUCCGCGACAUGGAGGGUGCGAACUGGGACAUCGACGCAGCUGCGGCCGCGAUUCAAAAUGGAGUUUCGUUUGAGAAGAAAAACCACAAAGCUUUCGCCUUUGAAUCGUUCAUUUGCAGGGAGAUAUUCAACGGAUUCAACGAUCCGUGCUUCGCUAUUCAGACCGAUCAUUGUUGGUCCCCGGAGAAGCAGAGGAGAGCGUUCUUCUUUGAUCAGUUCAAAAAGCUGAAAUCCGCGAGCUUGAUCCAUUUCCUAAAGCAAAACCCUAGCUCUCCGUUCGGAAAAUUCUUGAAAUCCAAGUACCUCCACCUGGUUCACCCAAAGAUGGAAUUCUCCUUCUCCGGGAACCUCACUCAACGGAAACUCGUGAAUUCCGGCGAGUUCCCGGAAACCGAAUUCUUCAAGGCGUUUGCAGAGAUGGGGAGAAGGGUUUGGCUCCUGCAUUGCCUCGCAUUCUCUUUCGAUCAACAAGUCACCACUUUCCAGGCCAGGAAGGGCGACAGAUUCUCCGAAGUAUACAUGGAGAGCGUCACCGAUGAAGUUUUCGCCGGCGCCGGCGAGUUUCAGGUGGCGUUCACGGUGGUUCCUGGCUUUAAAGUAGGCAAAAUAGUGGUGCAAAGCCAGGUAUAUCUCUCCCCAGUCUCAUCUCCGGCUAAAUCCUAGCCCUUCCUAGUUCCCCCUCAAUUUAACAUUCCGGUAUGAGGGAAGCUCACGCGCUAUUCUUCACGCGCCGCCGCACAUCGGCGGCGCCGUUGGCCAGCUACAUUUUCUACCAAUACAGUUCUAAGUAAAUUGCAAGAUCAACUUUCAUAACAUGAGCCAAUCGUGUUUAAUAAAUUAAGUUGAUCAAGCCAUUUACACGCAUAUAUAUGCCUAUAUAUAUAUCAAAAUUUUAUAAAAAUAAAUUCUUUUUUGUUCCCCACGACACAUUCGGUCUUUAACUCGUGUAAAUAUUCGACAUUCAAUCCAAAUUCGGCUCGGGCCUUAACCGAUUUUAAGAUUGAAUUUAAAAUAAUUUCACAAGUUAUGGAACGAACGUGUCGGGAUCAAAAGCGAAAUUUACUUUUUAAAAAAAAUGAAGUAAGCAGCACGGGAGGUGGAGGAGGGUGUUUGGCGGCGGCGCGUGGGAGGCGCGUGAAUGGGCUAAGGUAGAAAA